AACGAAAAGCACGAGGAGAGUGAAGAGAAAUUGCGACCUGCUUAAAAAGCAGGAAACGAGAAUGAAAAUGUUCCAUGAAUUGUCGCAGCUCCGUUGAAGGGACGUCAGUUUCAUUGUUAAAGUUAUUACGCGAUAGUGACGAUAAUAAUCGGACAUGGGCAGGAGCCAACAUGUGCGAGCUACAGAACGUAACCAACCAGAAAUAAUGAUGGGCUAUGUUCAAAAGUUCGUCGAGUUGGCGUAUGAACUGCUUGCGGUACGUUUGAACUGUUAAGAGUGGGUAAACAUGGGAAUAAAUUCAAACGAGAAUGUACGCCGUUUCGCGAGAGCUAUCGCGAUGAUGUAAAUGCUGAUAAACGGGUGAUAUUCGGUUGUUCUCUCUUUUUAUUCCAACGAUAUUUUUUCGCUCGUUGAGUUAUUAAAUAUUGCCGCACGAUUGUUUCGUGUACAUGAAAAUCCUGGUACCAAUUCAGCAGAAGAGAUCGUUUGUUAGAAAUAGAGAGCGUGCAAAAUCUGAUUGGACGUUACGAAAGAUGGAAAAAUUCAUAUUGGUGUUCCUGUUUUAAUUUUCCAUUUAUCAUCGCCUGUAACGUUGUAUUUAGUUUCCAGAAGAGGAAAUGGUUGUCGAAGUAUGGCUGGUGUCGCACGUUUAGCAAACGAUGAAAUGAAAGAAGCGAGAUAUUCGGGAGCAAAGGAGCUUGUAAGAGAAUAAAAACUGGAGAAUACAAUGAAAGUGGAUAUAAACCGAAGGUCAAACGUGUCUGAUAUUCUGUGCGAUAAACGUACGAUAAAUGCAGUGAAAGACUGUACGUGAUAAAUCGAUGCUAAAUUUCGGUAGACGUUUCUAUCUGUGUACAUCAUGCGCGAUAGAGCUUCCUCCAAAUGGAAACUUAUCGAAUUUUUCUGGAUCUCUCUUAGCUGUAUUGCCGGUGUAACUAAACAGAUGUCAAAAUAAAGGAAACCAUCUGUACAAAUUCUAGAGUGUAUUUACGGCCAUUUUACGUUUAUAAGUCCCCUAAACGAGAAUGGAGUUGGGAGGCAAAUAAUAUUGUUCGGUAACUUACUUGAACGAACGAUAUUUCAUAAGAUGGAUCAUUUCGCUCGUUCGUUUUCUUCGAAAAGAACUCGCAAAUAAUAAAAAAUAUUUGCGAUUUCCUAUAUCGUAUAAGACCAUAAAAUACCGAAAAUCUUUUGUCCAAGAAAAACUUUUGUGAUCCGUUUCUACGUGCUCUUUUCUUUUGUCGAAUAUACUUGACGAAGGUGAGCCACUUACAGCGAAAGAUUGAAGCUGAACGAGAAAAGACUAAGGGUCACAGCCCUCUACUUGAAUCCAUAUCGAUUACAGGAGACGUGAAUAUUGUCGUGCUUGUGUAUAACAUGGGCAAAAUGACGAAGAUAGUGUAUCGCUGACAAUAGUCGUGCUGUACAUUAUAUUUCGUGUAAUGAUACUCGCAAGAGAAAUCCGGUGACUAAUACACGGCGAUUUUGUUGAAACUUUGCACAAGGGAUCUAUCUAAGAAUUUAACCGUAACCCGUGGCCAUUUUUUACUUCUAAGAAAGAAAGCAACCCUUUUAUCAGAGCCGGCCCCUGUAUACAAGUAUGAUGAGUGUCUAAAGUAAGGACGUUGUAAAUUAGUUGUCACCAUGAGAACGCUUCUGAUCAUACUGAGCACUUUCUUGGAAAUACAACUUUAUUUCAUUGGGAGCCGGGCGGAGCAGCAACAAUCGUUAAGGGUCAGCAACGAAUUGGUGUCAUUAAACAGCUCCGAGGAUAAAAGCGAAGAUGUCGUCGAAGGUCCCAUCAGGGAAGUUCUUGCACAAAGCGGAAGCACCGCGAAUUUGCCCUGCAAAAUUACCGAACCUGGCGCUGGAACCAUUACAUGGAUGAAGCGUAAAAACAGACGGUUGUUGACUGUUGGCACAAGUACCCACUCAGUCGACAAACGAUUUGUCGUGAUGCAUUCGAGUACUGAUUGGCUACUUCAAAUACGAGCAGUUACUCUCCAGGACGAGGGUAUAUACGAAUGUCAGGUUACGUCGCAUCCAGUGCAACGGAAUUUCGUGCUCUUGAAGAUCACAGAAGCGUACUCGAUCAUACCCGGGGCGCCUGAUUUACACGUGAAGCAAGGUUCUAGUCUUCGGUUGGAGUGUCAACUGAAGGCAGCUGCGGAAUCGCCCCUCUACGUCUUCUGGUAUCGUCAGGGACAUAUGAUCAACUACGACGAGGAGCCAGGCGUGAAAGUUGAACUGACCAAGAACGGAUCGAUUCUAAUGGUCAACAAAACGAAACCGUCGCACGGCGGUAAUUAUACGUGUUCACCGAGCAAUGCUAAAUCGGCUUACGUGAUGGUUCACGUGAUCGAAGAGGAAGAGAAACCGGCGGCAAUGCACGGAGGAGACAGAAGGAACCUUAGUCCAGCAAUUUUAGCGAGUAACUUUCUGGUGUCCCUCUUGGCGGCCGUCAGCUGGAGGAUACCGAGUUUCACCAGCCUUUACCCGACAUGAAUCACCGUUGAACUUAUGGGAACGACUGGUGUUAGUCGUGGCCGCGCUACCGCAACUCGGUUCAUCUCUCCUAUCGCAAGGACGACUCUGACCAUCGGUCGACCAUUCGGGAUUCGUCUUUUCAACUGUAACUCCAAUCGGCCCUGCAAGAACGAUAUCCUUGCAUUGGUGUUAAAACCGGAAUGUCAUCGAGUGUAUCGAUUCACGUAUGAACACACGGAACCGCCGCCACUUUCGAACCGACCCUUUUACCUGUAGCGCGAUUCUUUUCAGAGAUUCGUGCUCCCUCAUCGAGGGGAACCGCGUCCGAUCGUGAGAGCAGCAGAACUGUAGCCACCGAGAAAUCCUUUUGUUUUAUUCCCUUCUAUCUUUUAACCCUCUUGUCCCUUAUCCCGUGUACUCAUCUCCUUCCACCCCGUUCCUUUAUUAUGUACCAAGCAAUUUCUUUGUCUGGAAAAACGUAUGCGUGGUCGGAGUAACGAUUAUUCUGCUGGUUUUGGAAUCGAUAUAGAAAGUAUGUGGUGCAAGAUGUGUCUCACUUUUAACGUUGGGAAAUAGAACGACACGCGAAGAAAGGUUCCUCUUUUAUUCUCUUUUCUGUUGCGAGACGGUAGGAACCUGUCGAUUCGAGCAUGAUCUUUUACUUGCUAGUAUCUGUCAUUGUGCGCGAUGAGUGAACCGUUUUCUUCGUACGUGCAUUAUAUAUACAUAUGUAAAUGUAAACAUACAUAAAGAAACGCGCAUACAUACACAUUCCUUAUACACGCGGGGUUCAUACACAUACAUACGUAUACCUAUACGUAUACACAUACGUAGUAUGUAAGCGACACCGUGGACUCGAGAUGAACAAGCGCCUUUACGUUUCGUGACGUGGAAACCGUUCUUCUUCCACUCCUUCUUCGAAUCUUGGAUAGCAUGUGUGUGUGUUAGAGAUUUAUCGAGACGGAAUGCGAGGAAAGUGAAAGCCUCCGUUGAAUCCGGGGAGAAUCAGGAGUACAGUGGAUCGAUCAGGCUGCGGAUAAACUCGUUAUCGGAAAUUCGUGACAGACAUUCAUGCGAUUCCGCGCGUUGCCGCGUGUUCAUGUCGGGAUAAACGGAAUCAAUGUAAAUAUAACGCUCUAAUCAUACAUUCAAUAAAACAUUAAUCGUAAAGCUGCGAUCGAUAAUUUACUCACGAGUCCUUUGUGUUUCGUUGGAUCGAGGCACGACGCGAUGCGACGCCGUAAGAAACUUUGUCGAGGCAACUUUGCCAUUUGUUUUCGUUGUUCGAUGGGUAAACGAUGAGGCAGGAAAUUGAAGGUAAAGUAGCACGAUCACCGUGAAAUAAACGACGCGAAGGAAAAGUUAUUUCACGAAACUCCGAAGGAAAGUUGUGGAAUAGCUCCGGCCGAUAAAUGUGCACGUUCGCCUCGCGUUAUCUAUCUCUCGAAGUCUUCGAACUUUACGCGAGCUUUAACACGCCAGUGGCAAACGUUAUUACGAGAGCCUUCGUUAUCUUAGCUUGGAAUCCUGUUAAAACGGAUUAAUUCAACCGCAAAUUCGGUUGGAGAAAUAUCGAAAUCCGCUAGGGGCUGGAUAACGACGACCACUAACAUUACUGUAGCCGCGAAACGAGCUUCUAAGAGCGCGGUUCUAGACACGAUUAAUCGAUAAGACUAUCGAACGUGUGAAACCUUUCGCGUUUACUCACAGGGACGCCGAUUCCCCUUGUUAUCGACGCGCAGGAACUUUCCCACCACUCGAUAUCACGACAAUUUUUGAAAGAUCGUCCGAUGUCGAUGGAGACGAUGAUAAUUCGCGUCAUGGUGGAAGAUAUCGCGAGCAAUUAACACGAUAGCAAGUUGAUUUAGGUUGUAAACGUUAACCCAUAUAACGCGGCCUGAUACCUAGUCUGUGCCACGUCACGGGAGGGUACCGCGUAUCGUUUUUUCCCCCCCGUUCGACUUCGAUCCCACCACCCCUGUCCUUUAACCUCGUUUUGUUUGACCCGGCGCGGCGCGGCCCUGCUUUCUUCUCUUAUUUUCUAUCUGGCCGCACAGAACUUUCGCGAUAAAAGCACCGAAACUCUUUUAACGGGUGCUAAAUUGAAACACUACUGCAAUAAAGGGAUACGGCGCAGUGACUUCUACAAAGAGCAUUCUUCCUUCGCUUGUCCAGUUCGAACCUUCAUACGUCUUUACUUCCAAACCGAAGAACGAGAAGAAAACCCUUCUUUCAAAACAGGAGAAACAAAAAUCACGAGAGAACAAACGACGGGGUUCUGUAUCGAUGAAAUCGUUUUCAACCGGGUCGGUGCGAAUGAACAUAUCGAUCUUUGUAAUAAACAUAGGCUACAGCCGAUAAAUAACAAGAGAAUGUGUCGAUACAGUGACACCGCUGCGGUCCGGCAAUUUGGUAUGUAAUUCGUUUCAGCGUAAUAAAUGGAUGGCGUUA